AUGAAGCUGAUCAACAAUUUGUUGAUAUUAGCAGUUAUAUUGGUUGAUAUUUCAACAAUGUUUUCGAUCAGGUCGGAUGAUCAUUCGAAGGCAUUUGUGGUCGAGUUGAACGGGUUGAUCAGUUUGGAUAAAAAGAUACCCUUAGACAACUACUGUGAAGACGACGAAAGAAGAAUAGCUUGUGAUACUAGUGGUCAGAUCCGUAGUAUUAUGUUACGUAAUACUAGGCUAUCUGGUUUUCCUGUAGGCAUUACGAUAAUUAAAGAUAUACUAGAGAGUUUAACAAUUACACACGCGAAUCUAAAAGGUGUUAUUCCAAAUGAAAUAUACGAACUGACGAAAUUGCAAGAUCUGAAAUUAGAAGGGAACAAUUUUAGUGGUAGUUUGAGUGAUAAAAUUGAGAAUCUGAAUAAAACACACGCGAGACAGAUAAGUGGAUCAAGUCUAUCUGGUUCGAUACCUAAUGGUCUAUUUUCAUUGACUAAACUGCGGUCUUUGAAUUUGAAAGGGAACAAUUUUAGUGGUAGUUUGAGUAAUAAGAUUGGGAAUCUGAAUAAAUUAUAUUAUCUUGAUUUAAGUGGAUCAAGUCUAUCUGGUUCGAUACCUAAUAGUCUAUAUUCAUUGAAUCAAUUGCAAUAUUUGAAUCUACAAGGGAACAAUUUUAGUGGUAGUUUGAAUGAUAAGAUUGGGAAUCUGAAUAAACUGUAUUAUCUUGAUUUAAGUGGAUCAAGUCUAUCUGGUUCGAUACCUGAUGGUCUGUAUUCAUUGACUAAAUUAAAACAUCUGAUAUUAGAAGGAAACAAUUUUAGUGGUAAUUUGAAUGAUAAGAUUGGGAAUCUGAAUAGAUUACAUUAUCUUGAUUUAAGUGGAUCAAGUCUAUCUGGUUCGAUACCUGAUGGUCUGUAUUCACUGACUGAAUUGCGAUAUCUGAUAUUAAGAGGAAACAAUUUUAAUGGUAGCUUGAGUGUUAAGGUUGAGAAUCUGAAUAGAUUACAUUAUCUUGAUUUAAGUGGAUCAAGUCUAUCUGGUUCGGUACCUGAUGGUCUGUAUUUACUGACUCAAUUGCGAUAUCUGAUAUUAAGAGGAAACAAUUUUAAGGGUAGUUUGAGUGAUAAGAUUGGGAAUCUGAAUAAACUAUUAGGUCUUGAUUUAAGUGGAUCAAGUCUAUCUGGUUCGAUACCUGAUGGUUUAUAUUCAUUGAACAAGUUGCAAUAUCUGAUAUUAGAAUGGAACAAUUUUAGUGGUAGUUUGAAUGGUAAGAUUGGGAAUCUGAAGAAAUUAUAUUAUCUUGAUUUAAGUGGAUCAAGUCUAUCUGGUUCGAUACCUGAUGGUCUGUAUUCAUUGAGUGAGCUGCAAUAUCUGAUAUUAAAAGGGAACAAUUUUAGUGGUAGUUUGAAUGAUAAGAUUAGGAAUCUGAAUAAACUAUUAGGUCUUGAUUUAAGUGGAUCAAGUCUAUCUGGUUCGAUACCUGAUGGUCUGUAUUCAUUGACUAAAUUAAAACAUCUGAUAUUAAGAGGAAACAAUUUUAGUGGUAAUUUGAAUGAUAAGAUUAGGAAUCUGAAUAGCUUGUAUUAUCUUGAUUUAAGUGGAUCAAGUCUAUCUGGUUCGAUACCUGAUGGUUUAUAUUCGUUGACUGAAUUGCAAUACCUGAGGUUAGGAAGGAAUAACUUUAAUGGUAGUCUAAAUGGUAAGAUUAAGAACCUGAAUAAAUUAUCGGAUCUUGAUUUAAGUGGAUCAAGUCUAUCUGGUUCGAUACCUGAUGGUCUGUAUUCACUGACUGAAUUGCGAUAUCUGAUAUUAAGAGGAAACAAUUUUAAUGGUGGUUUGAGCGAUGAAAUUAAGAAUCUGAAUAAAUUAUCGUAUCUUGAUUUAAGUGGAUCAAGUCUAUCUGGUUCGAUACCUAAUGGUCUAUAUUCGUUGACCGAAUUGCAAUAUCUGAUAUUAGGAAGGAAUGAUUUUAAUGGUGGUUUGAGCGAUGAAAUUAAGAAUCUGAAUAAAUUAUCGUAUCUUGAUUUAAGUGGAUCAAGUCUAUCUGGUUCGAUACCUAAUGGCAUAUAUUCACUGACUGAAUUGCAAUAUCUGAUAUUAGAAUGGAAUAAUUUUAGUGGUAGUCUAAAUGAUAAGAUUGGAAACCUGAAGAAAUUGUAUUAUCUUGAUUUAACUGGAUCAAGUCUAUCUGGUUCGAUACCUGACGGUCUGUAUUCAUUGAAUGAGCUGCAAUAUCUGAGGUUAGGAAAGAAUAACUUUAGUGGUAGUCUAGAUGAUAAAAUUAGGUAUUUGAAUAAAUUAUAUUAUCUCGACUUAAGUGGGUCAAAUCUAUCUGGUUCUAUACCUGAUGGUCUGUAUUCAUUGACCAAAUUGCGACAUCUGAAUUUUAUGAGCAACAGUAUGAAUGGUAAUUUGUCGUCUAAGAUUGGUGGUCUGACUAAGUUAUAUAGUUUAAUUCUGAGUUUUAAUGAAUUGAGCGGGGCUAUACCAAAUGAAAUUAGUAAGUUAAUUAACCUCAGGGUUUUAGAAAUGAGAGAGAACCAGUUCGAAGGCGAUAUUCCUGACCUGAGUCGUCUGACAAAUUUGGUGGAUAUGAAUAUUAGCUCAAUAAAACACAGUCUGAAUGCGAAGUGUGAUGAUGCAAUGUUACCUCCAUCUAUUAUUAAGAAGAAUUGUUUGAUUAGACCUGUGAGCAGAUUGUGCGAUAGCAUUACACGCUGUCAAUACAACACUGAGCCUUUCUGA